AUGGUAGGUGCGGCGCCUGACUGCUACUUGGAGUUCGUCAUUAAUCGUCGCUGCCUUUCCGAAGUCGAUGUCUCUGCAAUCGAAACAUUCAGAGGAUAUUCUUGGUGGCUUCACAGCUUUCCGGUGAAGUCGCCUGAACAAGAUUUUUCUGAGUUUCGGCUGUUGGCCAUGCCACAGCGUGGCUGUGACGGCUACGAUCUGCUGUUAGAUUUUGAGCUACAGCUUCUAGACCGAGAUAAUAAGGUAGAAGCCUCUUUCCUGGCACAGUAUGAGCUCAUCACUCCAAAUUACGUGCAUGAUAUGUUGUCCGCGAAACACGAAAAUUUUUGUGAUUCAACGGAUCGCAGGGACUUUGCAAUUCUGGUCGAUAACUUGUCGUUUUACGUCGACCUUCAGUAUUUGAGUAGUUUGGGGCCUGGCUAUUUCCAGAAUCUUAAGCUGUCUUCUACGCGUGGAAUAAACCGCGCUGUGCUUUUCAGCGUUUCCGCUGAAGACUUCGAUGUCCUACUGAGCGCCGUGCACCGCUACAGAAAGCCUGUCCUUACCAAGCGAACGUUUGAUAUCGUUGUUUGGUUGGCUCACCUGCUGGAAAUGGAUAAAGUGCUUCGUUGCUGUGAACAGUACUUAAUGAACCUCAGGGAAAUGCAUCCAAUACGCAAGCUGGAAUAUGCGAUGCAGUAUGGUUUUGGAAUUUUGGGCAUGACAAUACUUUUAGAAACUCUUCAUGACUAUCUCAUACUGAACAAUGAAGAAAUAUUCGACAUGCAUCCUGACGUGCUCAAGGCAUUGCAGAUUUUUGACUCGUACGUAAUCAUUUAA